UUUGUUCACUUCCCUGCUGACAGACUUGGGGAGGGACUCAACAUGAUACAAACUACAGGAUGGGAUGAGAAAACCCACUAAAAGACUAAUAGAUUAGGUUGGGUUGGAACGGGAAGCCUGCAUCAUCCCCUCUGUGAAAAACAGGGCUGCUGAAGGUCAUCAAGCUAAACAAGACAUUCACUUUCAAUCCCAAAGAGGGAAUAGACAAUCCAGUACUGAUGAUCUCAGAUGAUACAGAAUCAGUUUCAGCACCCAUGCCACGCCUAUGUGCGCUCAAGCGUCAAGAAGGCGAGUCCUUCGGCUUCCAUCUGCGUGUGGAGAGGGGGCGCUGUGGUCAUGUGAUCAGAAAGUUGACUGCAUGGGGGGUGGCGGAGCGGAGUGGCCUGAGGGAUGGAGAUCGGCUUCUGGAGGUCAACGAAAGCUUCGUGGAUGACAUCCCUCACGUGGAAGUGGCCAGGAGGAUACUGCUGAGUGGGAACCAGCUAUGUCUGCUGGUGAUGGAUGGGGAGGAGUAUGACCAGGCUGUGUCACAGGGAUUAGACCUCCGGUCUCUGGCAAGAAAUCACAGAGGGGAGGACUGCCAGCAGCCACGGAUGUGCCACAUCACCAGAGAUACUGCCACUGGCCUGGGCAUCAACUUUGUACCUGUGGAAGGGCAGAAAGGAAGGUUUACGGUUAACCUGGUAAGUGGGGGUUCUGCUCACAAGGCAGGAGUGUUUCAGGGAGACCACCUGGUAUGGAUGAACGGAGCAAACGUAUCUGAGCUUACCAACUCUGCACUCAGCAAGAUGGUGAUGAAGUGCAAGGAUCACAUGACCAUCCUAGUCAUUGACAGUGAGAGCGAGAAGAGCUACGUCCGCAGGCGGAUGCCCAUUCUACCUGCCAUGGUCGGUGCCCACAACCUGCCCCACACCCCCCAGAGACUCCACCUUGUGCUGGGGUCUAAGGGUUACGGCUUCCUCCUCAGACAAGAGAAAACACCAUCAGGAAAAAUAGUUCAUGUUAUGCGUGGGCUGGACAGAGACAGUCCUGCAGAGAAGGCAGGCUUGCAGGAGGGGGACAUUCUGCUGGAGGUCAACAGGGAUCCUGUGGAGUCCUUGGAGCAUGGAGACAUUGUGGACAGAGUGAGGCAGAGUGGCCAGGUUGUCACCCUCACCUGUAUUACUGCCCAGGGGCUCCACUUUUACACACAGCUGGGUCUAUGUCCUCUUCUUUUCUGUGGGAGUGAUCCUAAGGAAAAUGAAGGAAACAAAAUGGUGCCCCCCAAACCAGUAAGAGUAGAAGCACCAGAGGAGGUUCCAUCAGUGUCCAGUCAACGACUCUGUGUCCUCCAGAAAGGGCCUUUAGGCUUUGGCUUCAACUUGGGUUGUGACCCGCAGACUCCAGGGACCUUUAUAAGCCAGGUGGUUCUAGGGGGCUCUGGCCAUAGAGCAGGACUAAAGGAGGGAGAUUUGGUUAUUGAAGUUAACGGACAAGGAAUGGAAGAUAAAUACAUAGAAGAUGUGAUUAUGCUAGUGAAAGAGGGAGGACAUUUCCUCUCUCUCUUGGUUAUGGAAAAGAGUGAUAGCAGCGAGCAAAAGAAUACCCAGCAGACCACCGAAGCAGAAACUGAGAAGUAUGACUCACAGAAGAAAGAAGCUGAAGAGUUAUUAUUCCUGUAGCAGAUAGUUCACAUCUUGACGACUCACCCACAAGACCAUAGGACAGAGCCCCUUACUCAAAGCAAGCCAAACUGUAUUAACCUAGGUAUAAAAGUGUUCUUGUUUACUUAUCACCCGAGCUAAAACCUCACCCUGGUUUGUACAGUACAGUACAUGAGGUCUGCAUUAGUUGUCUGGUGGAUUCACAAGAAAGACACACCACAAAAUAACAAUGACCAGAUAAGAAAAUAAAAUGUUAAGCUAUUAGUUUCCAAGUAAUGUAAUGUUUUAAAAAAAGAAUGUUGUAUACAUAUAUUGGUAAAAUAUUCAUGUAAAUUGUAGGCCUUAACAAUGCGUUCUACAUCUGUGAAAAUAAAAUGAAAUUUCACUGG